AUGUCCUUACGACCAACCCUCCUUUCAAAAUGGAUCUCGCGCCCUAGCGAGAUCCUCCAAAGAGCAACCAAAAACAACAUAUACAUCAGCUCGACACGCACUUACGCGCCACGACACACCUCCAUCCUAUCCCAAGCAGCACGGCGAACCCUCGCCACCACCCUGGGUCAGACAAGCCGACUGACAGCACGCCCCCGGUGCCGAGCCGGCCCCAACACCUUCCAGCAGCCCAAGCAGCGGCUGAACCGGCGGUUCAAUUCCGGCUCAGCUGGUAAUGGAGGAUCGCAGGCGCGGCCGGAGAAGGAUUCGCUAUCGCAGCGGUUGAAGAAGCUUUCCAGGGAGUAUGGGUGGUCUGCGCUUGGUGUGUACCUUGCUCUGUCUGCGUUGGAUUUUCCGUUCUGUUUUGCGGCGGUGCGCUUGUUGGGUGUUGAGCGCAUUGGAUAUUGGGAGCAUAUUGCUGUUGAGUUCCUGAAGGAUAAAUUCAAGGCUGUUUGGCCUGCCGUUCAGACCGGUGAGGGCGAGGAUAGCCCGGGUCAGCUUGAGAAGGCUGAGGAGCGGAACCAGGAGGAAGCCAGUAUUUGGACUCAGCUUGCUCUAGCGUACGCCAUCCACAAGAGCUUUAUCUUCAUUCGGGUUCCUUUGACGGCUGCCGUGACACCAAAGGUUGUCAAGACACUCCGGGGUUGGGGAUGGAACAUUGGAAAGCGCAAGCCUAAGAGUACAUGA